UCUUGGGAAUUCCGUGCAGGGUGUUUCUAAAUUCUAUUUAUUUUGUCUUGGGUCUAAUAUGACUGUGGUUAUGGUCUCGGAAUAAUCAAAGCUUUCUAUCUCUGGAUAUUCAUGGUUUCUCUCUCUUUGAUGCUUUAUGGAGGGCUAGUGAUCUCAGUGCUUCUUUUAUUUAAGAAAAUGAGCAACGUUAAGAGUCCGUUUUUCAAAAUUGGGUAUUUCCUAUACUCUCGCACAAGAAUUGGUCAGUACUACUUCCAGAGGGAGUUGUCCAAAGCCAAACAGAAAUUUGAACAUGGCCAUUCUGUUACACAGGACACUCAGUUUGAUGGAUUGAAGAUCCAUCCAAUUCCAAUGUCAGAAGACAACUAUGCCUAUCUUGUCAUUGACCAGAAAAAUGAUGUCUCUGUGUUAGUGGACCCUGCAGAUCCCGAAGUCGUCCAGGAACACAUUGACAAGGAAAAGGCGACACCUUCAGCAAUCCUGACAACACAUAAACACUGGGAUCACAGUGGGGGAAACAGUGAAUUCAAGAGGAGAUACAGGGACAUUCUAAUCUAUGGAGGGGCCAUGGAUAGCAUACCAGCUGUAACCAACCCUGUCGCGGACGGUGACAACAUCGAAGUGGGCAGUCUCAGGUUCCGGGUCAAGUUUACGCCUGGCCACACAGUGGGUCAUGUGGUGUACAUACUGGACGGUAGCCCCUUCAACUGCCCCAACAGCCUCUUUUCUGGUGACCACUUGUUUAUCAGCGGUUGUGGCAGAAUGUUUGAAGGUCCUCCCACUACCAUGCUGAGGUCACUGGAUAGCCUGCUGGAGUUGUCAGACUGCACAUUAGUAUGGCCAGGACACGAGUAUGCCAGAGAUAACCUGGAGUUCUCGUCCCACCUGGAGCCUGAUAAUGAGGAGAUUAAGGAGAAACUGGCACGUGUUCUACAGCUGAGGCAGUCUAGGGCCUGCACCGCUCCAUCCAACAUGGGGGAAGAGAAGAAACUGAACCCAUUCCUGAGAACCAGUGAGGAGAAAAUGUUGCAAAUCUUGGGCUUUGAACAAAAACCAACAGUUGAGGAAAACUUUGCAGUCAGGGCCAAGGCACUGGCAGAGAUCAGAGAGAGGAAAGACAAGUUCAAAUAUAAAUUGUAACAAAGGCGGAAGAAUUUCAUUGGACAGUUGUCAACAGAGUUUAAGCAUAGAUUGAUUGUUCCAGUAGCAGUAGCAAACUUUUUCACGAAGUAUAAAAGUGAAAUAUUUAUCAGAUCCUACUUGGUCAAGGAUCUGUGACCCUCGGUCAUGACCUUACUGUAUGACCCCAGGUCAGGGGUCGUGACCUCACUGAAUGACCCCAGGUCAGGGGUCAUGUCCUUAUUGUCUGACCCCAUGUCAGGGGUUGUGACCUCACUGUAUGACCCUAUGUCAGGGGUGAUAACCCCAAAGGAAUAUACCUACAGGUAGUACAUGCAAAUAUUUCACUUUAUACAGUCUAAACUCAAAACCAACUUUUUUUGGGAAAUGAGCCCCAGAUUACAUUGGACAGGGAAUCUCAUAAGUUUUUCACAUGUCAGAGAAACUGUUAAGCAAAAAUGAAACUGCAAUUGAUUGUGAUUGCUUUCAGUACUGGCUGCUUUUUUUUCAAAUCUAUUUUUUCUUGAGAUAAAAAGCAAUGUUUACUCCUCACUAAUUAUUGCCUUACUUGUCCUGCACCUAGAUUAGAUGUUUUAAACCAUUUCUGAUGAAAUUAGUUGAUUCUAAAUGGCAGAUGUCUUCCUGACAUUUUAUACAAAAGAAAAAUAACCAACAGGCAUUUUUUAUUUAUUAAGGGGUAUAAUCAUUUUAAAGGUCUGAAUCAGGAAAGACAAUAAACUUUGUUGAAUACUAUGACAUGAAAAUAUGAUUCUGGGACAUUUUCAAAU